GUGAGUUUAUCGCUAUCAGUGUAGUUGUUGGUAAGAUGGCGGUUCGCUCACUGAUCUGCAGAUCUUCCGCCUUUCUGUUUAAGCCCCCAGCAGCUCUGUCUGCUCACACAGGCGCUGUAGGCUUCAUCCACACCGGUGUCAAAUACAGCAGCGCCAAAGUAGCAGUGGUGCUUUCUGGAUGUGGAGUGUAUGAUGGGACAGAGAUUCAUGAGGCAUCAGCAAUCCUGGUGCAUCUGAGUCGUGGUGGAGCCGAGGUCCAGAUGUAUGCUCCUGAUGUGGCGCAGAUGCAUGUUAUAGACCACAGCAAGGGGCAGCCUUCAGAGGAGUCCAGGAAUGUCUUAGCUGAGUCAGCUCGCAUUGCUAGGGGUAACGUCACUGACCUGGCUAAGCUGAGUGCGAGUAACCAUGAUGCAGUCAUCUUCCCAGGAGGCUUUGGAGCUGCUAAAAAUCUGUCAACUUUUGCUGUCGAUGGAAGUGACUGCACUGUGAACAAGGAGGUGGAACGCAUCUUAAAGGACUUCCAUAAAGCAGGCAAGCCUAUUGGGUUGUGCUGUAUCUCUCCAGUGCUGGCUGCAAAGGUGCUCCCUGGUGUGGAAGUGACUGUGGGACAUGAGGAUGAGGAGGGGGGAAAGUGGCCAUAUGCUGGCACUGCUCAGGCCAUUACUGCACUCGGGGCCAAACACAAAGUCAAAGAUGUCACCGAGGCUCAUGUUGACCCAAAGAAUAAGGUGGUGACCUCUCCAGCAUUUAUGUGUGACACGAAGUUGCACCUCAUCUUUGACGGGAUUGGCUCCAUGGUUAAAGACGUCCUGAAGUUGACUCGGAAAUAAGUGGCACACGGCUUCCUUCAACAAGCUGCACUUAGCUGGAUGUUAAUAAGCCACUUUCGAUUUGAUUGAUGUGAUUGAACAAAACUCCUAGUUUAUAAACUCCUAGUUCACUUUUAAACAUAGCCUCAGCAUGAUUACAGUGACAGACAUUAUUAAUCAAAAGCCUAUCUCGGCUUGGUUUUAUUUCUUCUAAAUGUCCACUAGAUGGUGCAGUGGUACAACCAGACUGAAGCUGAGCCCUAAACUGUUGAAACUUGAGUAAAUCAGUAAUUUAGAAUAAAAAUACUUGAUUUAAACAGUUUUUGUUCUCAGCUGUUUGUAUUGAAAAUUCUUGAAAAUGGUAACAUUCGUCAAUUCAUGAAAUAUCAUUUUGGAAUCUGAUUAAGGUUUUAAAAAAGAAUGCUGUUUUAAUUCGUUCAAUUCAUUUUGAGGAAAAAAAAAAGAAGAAAUUCCUGGAUUUCUCUGUAACAUGGUCUUGUGCUUUGUGUUAUUGUUUGUAAUAGGUGAGCAAUGUCAAAAUAUAAGACACAGUUAAAGCAAAUGUGGUUGAUGUGGUAGCUCUAGGAAAGUUCUGACAUUGUAACGAAUGUAAUGUUAUGUAAUAUAUUAAUAUAUAAAAUACUUACAACUAAA